AUGUCCUCGUCAUGGCGUCUAAGUUCCCAACAAAUGAGGAAGGAAAUGCCAAGCUUCGUACAAGAAAAGGUCAUGACAUGACAUGGUCAUGUGACAAGCAUGGUGAGCCAAUCACAUUUUACUGUAAACAACACAAAAUUCCUAUAUGUCAUAAAUGUGCGACCAAAGAUCACCAGAAACCAUGUCAGCUAGGCGACAUCGAGGAUGUCAUCUUUGAAAGGCGGAAAAAUUUGAAAGAGAGAGAGCCCUUGAUGGAGGAAACAAAACUUCUACAUCAGAAGGUCGAAUCUAAAAUAAAUGCCGUUUCUUCUUCUUCAAUUAAGCAUCUUCAGACAAUCAACAAAAAACUACAAAAGACAUUCAGAGACAAGUUAAAGGAUGUGAAAGAAAGAGAAGUAAACAUGAUUAAGGUGAUUAACGAGGAGGCAGAUGAGGAAAUAAGGAAAAUAAAUGAGAAGAGAGAAAAACGCAUCAAGGAUUGCAACAUCGAUAGCGAAAAGAAACUAAUUAACAUAAAAAACCUAGAAACAAAACUUUUUUCAGAUACAAAGACAAUCAGUGACGUCGUUAAUAAGAAGAUUAACGAGCUUACUAAUAAGAAUAGGCAUGCGCUUAACAUUAUGAAGAAUAUUGAAUCAACCAUUACACGUAUAAACCAACAUGAUGAAACAUUGGUGAAUGAAGCUCCUCAAGUACUUGCAUCUAUCGAUGAAACUUUACGUUUGAACGUUCAUCAAGAUGUUAGCGUCUCUCUUGACCGAAUUCAGAGUGAAACUGAGAGAGUGAAAUCUGUAGAGGAGGAAGUAGAUGGAGAAUACUUUGGUAGAAUUGAUGGGUAUAUCGGUAGAUGGGAACUUGUCAAGUCAGUCCACAUUCCACCGGUUGUUGAACCGUGGGUACGUGGUUUGAUCAGUGACGAUGAGAUAUGUGUGGCAGACGAAAAGAACAACGACAUGUAUGUGACAAACAUCAACACUCAACACACACAGAAAGUAAUUGAUGGAGUUAGUAACAUGUACUUUACGUCAUGUGCCCCCAUAAACAGUAACGUAAUAGUAUGUGGAAAGUGGAGAUGUGAUUGGAAGUGUGACAUGUUGGAUGGAUGUAUCACUCUCUAUGACAGACAAUGGAAGGUGAUUAGAGACAUCAGCAUACCAAGGAAUGGAGGCGGUAAUAGUGUGUAUGUUGAUGUCGACAGGGAUGGGAUGAUCCUCGCUGCUCAGACCUGCCAGUCCAAUAUCUACCUCACAAACCCUGAUAAUGGUAAGAUUGUAAACACUAUUACGAUGCAUGGAAAGAAAGUAUGGGGUGAGAUACGAGCUUUGUCAUCAGGUGACCUCGUUGUGCAGACAACACGUAAAGAAUUCACUGUCAUCCCACGAUCAGGAGGAGAGAAGGCUGUGAUACAUUGUUCUAAGUGGGACUCGUCGUCACAGUGUCACGUUGACAAAUUGACAGACGCACUCUACAUCACGCACUGGGAUGGGCCACGUAAAAACUAUGCAGUUGAUCAGGUGUCACGUGAUGGUAUCAUCCACGUAAGGAGGAUCGUGGAAUACGCGAGAUCAGAUCGCUCUCCCUGGCUCAGCUCUUGUCUUGCUACUCCUUCUGGUAACCUUGUUGGCUGCGAUGGAGACAAGCUCCUUCUUUACAAGAAAGCAUUUGUCUUGUAA